AUUUAUUUAAUUAAAUUAAUUUCUUUAUAUUUUUGGGGCAGUGUUAUUUUUGACCUUUCGCUAUCUGGAUCUAGGGUUUCUCUUCUUUGACGAUUCGAUCAUCAUCAUCAUCAAAAUCAAACCCUAGUAGUAUCAAAAAUCACGUAAUAGAUACUAGGAACAGCAAAAUCCAAUACCCAAUUUGUUUAUUACGAGAGAUUUUGAUUUUGAUUUUUGAUUUUGAGAUUUCAAUCAUCAAUUUGGGAUCUAAAAGUUUGUAGCAGAAGAAGAAAAACCUAAACCUAAACCUAAAGCUUUUCUCUUUUUUCGUUUUUUUUUGUUGGGUUUUUGAUUGAUCAGUGAUUUAAAAGCACAAAAAAAGAAUUGGACGAAACUUUAUAAAGUUAUGAAAUUUUCCCCCUUUUUCCUUGAACUGAGUUGAACAACUUGAUGAGAUUUUUGAGAACUUGAAGAAGAAAAUAAUGUUUAAGUCUUUGGUGUAUAAAGGGAUUGAGUUAGUUGGUGAAGUUGAGAUAUACCCAGAUGAAGAGAAUUACAACAACAACGAGAAGAAGAAGAAGAUUAUCGAUGAAUUGAAGGAUAUCAGAAUAAACCAUUUUUCUCAACCGAGUGAGAGAUGUCCACCACUUGCAGUGCUUCAUACCAUUACUUCUUGUGGUGUUUGCUUCAAAAUGGAGUCAAAGACCUCGCAAUCACAGGAUUCGCCGCUCUUUCUUUUGCACUCUUCCUGUGUCAUGGAGAACAAGACUGCAGUGAUGCCCCUAGCAGGGGAGGAACUUCAUUUGGUAGCAAUGUAUUCCAGGAAAAAUGAUAAACAAUACCCGUGUUUUUGGGGUUUCAACGUUGCAUUAGGACUUUACAACUCUUGUCUUAACAUGCUGAACCUUAGAUGUCUUGGUAUUGUAUUUGAUCUCGAUGAAACUCUCAUAGUUGCAAACACAAUGCGCUCGUUUGAGGAUAGAAUUGAGUCUCUGCAACGAAAAAUAAGCAGUGAGUUAGACCCGCAACGCCUUUCUGGUAUGGUUGCAGAAGUCAGACGCUAUCAGGAUGACAAGGCUAUAUUGAAGCAAUAUGCUGAAAAUGAUCAGGUUGUUGACAAUGGAAGGGUUAUCAAAGUCCAAUCUGAGGUUGUUCCUCCUGUUUCUGGGAAUCAUCAAACUAUUGUCCGCCCGCUCAUUAGGUUAAAUGAGAAAAACAUCAUUCUGACACGCAUUAAUCCGCAGAUUCGUGAUACCAGUGUUCUUGUGAGGUUGAGACCUGCGUGGGAGGAUCUUAGAAAUUAUUUGACUGCAAGAGGGCGUAAGCGCUUUGAGGUCUAUGUUUGUACGAUGGCUGAAAGGGAUUAUGCUUUAGAAAUGUGGAGGCUUCUUGAUCCAGAGUCUAAUUUGAUAAACUCAAAAGAAUUACUGGAUCGUAUCGUGUGUGUUAAAUCUGGUUUGAGGAAAUCAUUAUUUAAUGUCUUUCAAAAUGGUCUCUGCCAUCCAAAAAUGUCAUUGGUGAUCGAUGAUCGGUUAAAAGUGUGGGAUGAGAAAGAUCAACCUAGGGUGCAUGUUGUGCCUGCUUUUGCUCCAUACUAUGCUCCUCAAGCUGAAGUGAACAAUACUGUUCCUGUCUUGUGUGUUGCUAGAAAUGUUGCUUGUAAUGUCAGAGGUGGUUUUUUCAAAGAAUUUGAUGACUGUCUUCUACAAAAGAUUGUUGAAGUUUCAUAUGAAGAUGAUAUUAAAGAUGUUCCCAGUCCUCCCGAUGUGAGCAGUUAUCUAGUUUCUGAGGAUGAUGGUUCUGCUUCUGGUUCGGCUGCUGCUGCUGCUGCAAAUGGAAAUAGGGAUCUACCUGUUUUUGAUGGCAUGGCAGAUGCUGAGGUUGAAAGGAGAUUGAAGGAAGCAUUAUCGGCUGUUUCGUCAGCCAUUAACCCUGAUUCUAGACUUGCUACUGCACUUCAAUAUACCUUACCAUCUACCGGAAGUGUUUCACUACCAACAUCUCAAGUUUCAAUGACACCUUUCCCCAGUGUACAGUAUCCCCAACCCCAGGUAGCCCCGAUAAUUAAAUCAUAUGCUGGCUCAUUGGAAUCAAGCUUACAAAGCUCUCCCGCAAGAGAAGAAGGUGAGGUACCAGAAUCAGAGUUGGAUCCCGAUACGAGGAGAAGGCUUCUCAUUCUGCAACACGGGCAAGAUAAUAGAGAGCAACCGCCACCUGAACCUCAGUUUCCUGUUAGACCUGCUAUGCAAGUCUCUGUUCCGAGGCCACCAUCUCGUGGAGGUUGGUUUCCGGUAGAGGAAGAGAUGAGCCCUCCACGACAGAUAAACCGGGUAACACCCAAAGAAUUUCCUUUAGAUGUAGAUCCAAUGCAUAUAGAGAAGCAGCAGCGGCCUCAUCAUGCAUCUUUUUUCCCCAAGGUUGAGAGUUCAAUGCCUUCUGAUAGGAUUCUUCACGAAAAUCAAAGAUUACCAAAAGAGACCUUACAUAGAGAGGAUCAGAUGAGAACAAACCAUUCCUUGCCUCCUUAUAAUGUUGUGCCUGGAGAGGAUAUUUCCUUGAGUCGAUCGUCUUCAAGCAUUAGAGAAGCUGACUUUGAUUCUGGGCCACCAGUCUCAAAUGCAGAUUCUCCAAUUAGUGUUCUACAAGAAAUUGGAAUGAAAUGUGGAGCCAAGGUGGAGUUUAGACCAUCUUUGGUUUCAUCCACGGAUUUGCAGUUUUCUAUCGAGGUUUGGUUUGCCGGAGAAAAAAUUGGUGGCGGAACUGGUAGAACAAGACGAGAAGCUCAGCUUUUUGCUGCCGAGUCUUCUCUUAAGAACUUGGCUGAUGUGUACAUGUCAAGAAUUAAGCCUGAUUCUCCGCUUCCUGAAACUAGUGAGAAUGGUUUCGUCAGUAAUGUGAAUUCAUCCGGGAGCUUUUCGUUGGCCAAAGACGAAUCUUUGUCAUUUUCAAAUGUAUCAGAACCACCUAGGUUUAUGGGCACUAAGAAAUCUACGAAUUCAGUAUCUGCACUUAAAGAAUAUUGUAUGAUGGAGGGUCUUAGUUUAUCUUUUCAUCCUCUGCCUUUACCUGCUAGUGGUUUGAUCCGAAAAGAUGAAGUCCAUGCACAGGUAGAAAUAGACGGCCAAGUUGCCGGGAAAGGAAUCGGGAUGACAUGGGAUGAUGCAAAGUUGCAGGCUGCUGAAAGAGCACUCGGAACUAUAAGAUCAAUGCACGGUGGCCCGAAACGCCAAGAUUCACCUAGGUUACUGCAAGGAUUCCCGAAUAAGCGUUUGAAGACGACACAAGAUUUCCCACGAGGCUUACAACGUGUACCCUCUGCUAGAUACCCGAAAAAUGCUCCCCCUGUUCCCUAAAAGCCCUUCAGAUUCCCUUUUUUUUCAUCUCAUAUUGUCCAAACAUAUGCACUGUACAUAGGGCAAUGGCUAUGUGGAGAUCCAAAACCGUCGAAAACAAGCAAAAGCUUCAGAUUUUUCUUCUUACAACAUUUUUUUUCCCGAUACCAACGAUCCCAUAUUCGAUUCACACUCAGCUUUCCAAGUAACUUCAGCCUUAAGGUACAUUCGAAUUGUUCGAGUAUGGUUUCCAAAACUGUUGUAGAAGCUUGUUUAGCCGGGGGGGUUUCGGUUUUUCAUUUCGUGUAAUGAUUCAUACAUACCAUCAUCGAAAAAGAGCGUGUUUCGGUUCGGGUAACUAAAUGUAAUGAUAAUGGAGUUUGGGAAGGCAGCAGCUAUAAUACCAACUAACCAUAAAAACCGAAACCGAAGCUGAUGCUGCGGCCGGCGGCCGAUGCUACCGAGCCAACUCUUGUUUUUUGUAAGUUUACUGAUUGGUGAAAUGAUGUAAACUAAUCAAUGAGUUGUUGUAAUACAAUUUUUUUAUUUAUUUUUUCUUUUCUUUUACUCUUUUUGAGUUUUAUUAUCCAAUAUUGGAAGAAAAUUUACCUAAAUUGGAGAUUUAUUGAUGAAUUAAUGUUGUGAGAAAAAAAAAUCUUAAGAAAUGACCAAAUAUGUAGUAUGGUCUUUAGAUGUGUAUGGAAGUUAUCAAUUUUUAUUUU